AUUGAAGGGGCCAACCGCCAACGUGGCCCACGUGGAUGUGCCACAUGAUCGUUUAGACUUUUCAGUCUCACGUGAGCCGUUCGAUUCUACAUUUGACGGUCUCGAUUGAAACGGCUCAAUGCUGCGCCGCCGACGUUGUCUCGCGGCGGCGGUGGCGGCUUCUUCGGCGGCCACCUCGAUUCUUCCAGAAUCCAGAUCCAAGUUUUGAAGUGGAGUACUCCACUAGUUCGAAUUUGUCCGAGAUCUCCCGGCGCCAUGUCCGACGCUGGGGCUGGAGGCGACAGCGACGAGGUCAUCCACGACGCCCCCAACUUCAUCCGCGUGUACAAGAGCGGCCGCGUCGAGCGCUUCCUGCGGAUCGACUUCGCGCCGCCGUCCACGGACGCCGCCACCGGGGUCUCCUCGAAGGACGUCGUCGUCGUCCCGGGGGACGGCGUGUCGGCGCGGAUCUACCUCCCGUCGACCCCCGCCAGCGGCUACGGGCGCAGGCUCCCCGUCCUCGUCUUCUUCCAUGGAGGCGGCUUCUGCCUCGGCUCGGCGUUCGACGCCGCGACGCACGGUCACGCCAACCGGCUCGCCGCGCGGGCUGGCGUCAUCGUCGUUUCGGUGGAGUACCGCCUCGCGCCGGAGCGCCCGGUCCCCGCGCUCUACGACGACGCGUGGGCGGCGCUCCAGUGGGUGGCCUCGCACGCCGCGGGUGAGGGGCAGGAGCCCUGGCUGACCGCCCACGCCGACUUCGGGCGCGUCCACGUCGGCGGCGAGAGCGCGGGCGCCAACAUCGCGCACCACGCCGCAAUGCGGGCCGGUGCCGAGGAGCUGGGCCACGGCGUGAAGGUGAACUCGCUCGUCCUGAUCCAUCCCUACUUCCUGGGCGGCGACGGCGAUGGCUACUCCGAGUCAGACGAGAUGGGCAUGGCGUUGCUGCGCGAGCUGAUCCGGCUGUGGCCGGUGGUCUGCCCAGGGACGAGCGGGUGCGACGACCCGUGGAUCAACCCGAUGGCGGAUGGCGCACCCAGUCUGGCCGUGCUGGGAUGCCGUCGUGCUCUGAUUUGCAUUGGAGGGAAGGAUGCAAUGAGGGAUAGAGGAAGGCUGUAUUGUGAGAAAUUGAGGGAAUGUGGGUGGCGAGGGGAGGUGGAGAUCUGGGAGGCAGAUGGGCAGGGCCAUGGCUUCCAUCUCUUGUGGCCGACAUGUACUCAGGCGGAGGCACAAUUACGGGUCAUCGCCGAGUUCCUGAGCCAUGGAUGAGAUCUCUGGACUAUGUUGUUCCACUACUGCACACGAUAUGUCCAUUGUUCAAAUAGAAUUGGAUAUCAAAGUACAUUAUCAGUUCUGACUUCUGAGUUCUUACAAAUGUUUGCUUUCAACAUUGUUUUUCAGGACAAUGUUCUACUAGCCUAUGAAGUUCAUAUUCAGACUCA